AUGUGGCCACUAACGACUUUAUCCAAACUGAAGCAGCACGUUCGGUACUUGAACCAAUAUGCUGUGGCUUGUCCUGGUCAAGGACUAUACCGAAAUGGUGUUUUAGAAAUAAUCAAAGCUCACAAACCGUUAUAUCAACACCACUUGGAUGAACUAGAUGCAGCCAUGAACGACAAAUUCUCAGACAAGUUGUUUGCUAAUAGCUCUGAAACAGAAGCUAAACAGUGGUUGAGUAAGACUUCAAACGCCCAACCAGCAAUAUUAGCAUCAACCUAUAUACUUUUGAACUUGAUUGAAAUUGAACAUAAAAUAUCUAUUCUUGAAAACGUUUCUUAUUUACUAGGUCACUCAUUAGGUGAAUACACUGCUCUUGUACUAAGCGGAAUUAUUGAUUUUACAACUGGGGUAAAGGUUGUUAGACGAAGGGGGGAAUUGAUGGAAGAUCUAUGUUUGGGUCAAAACUACGGUAUGAUUGCAUUAUUAAUAAAACCCAAGUUUGCCAAAGAAGUUAUUGAGCUAGCACAGGAACACGACGUGUUGGGGAAUAUUAAUUCUAGUUACCAAGUAGUAAUAUCAGGUGAUAUGACCAAGUUAAAAGAGUUUAUUGGUAUUCUAAAAGUAACCCAAAAGAUGGCGUUAAUAAAAGCAGUGCAGUUACCAGUAUCAAUACCAUUCCAUAGCAGGGUUUUGAAACCCAUAGUACCUGAAUUGAAACUGCUAUUGGACGGUAAACUCAAUGAUCAAAAGAUCCCUAUCAUAUCUAAUUUAAAUGGUCGAGUGUCGCAGGAAAAGGAAUCUACUGUUCAUAAUAUAUUGGAGGCCAAUUAUCAACCUGUCCAAUGGCAAGAGUCAAUUGUGUACUUGGAAAAUUCACCUGUGAGUACAAUUUUUAACCUUGGGCCUGGUGAUGUUUUACAUGGGAUUAAUAAAAAGUACAAUAUCAAGUCUGUUAGCCUAGAUGAUGUGAAUUCACUUGAUACAAAUUCAGAGUUUGUGCAGCUCAAACAACAGCUAAAGCAAAUUUGA